AUGGAUGCUCUGGAAAUUGAACAUUUAUGUGGUCAAUUCUAUAGUAGUGGCAAUAAUGAGCAAAUGCGACUUGCAUCUCAACGCUUGGAAGCAUUUGUCAACGAACCAAACUGUCUUGCACAAUGUCGCGUCCUACUUGAUCGUGCUUUAACUCCGUAUACUCAAUUUUUCGGUGCUUCAACACUUAUCAAGCAUUUCAAUUCGAUAUCAUCUCAACCAGUUAUACCUUUCAAUGAACGAUAUGAAUUGCGCACAUAUAUUCUGGAUUAUUUGUUCAAACAUAACAGUUCCCUAGCUCAAUUUGUCCUGGCCGAAUUAGUGAAAUUAUAUGCACGUUUAACGAAGAAUUUCUGGUUUGACAUGAAUCCGACAGUCAAUAACGAGACUUAUCCGUUUCAAACAUUCACAGAUGAUCUAUUGAAAUUUCAAAUGGAUCCACCACAUUUCUCGAUUGCUCUACAGAUUCUUAUUGCUAUUCUCACAGAAAUGAGCGUUCCCAAUGAUGAAGAAACAACAGCACGAGCGUUCACCAAACAUCGAAAGAUUUGUAUUUCAUUCCGAGACACGAAAUUAAUUGGUAUCUAUCUAUUCGCUUGUCAAUAUCUACGUGAUGUAAUUAGUAAUCAAAAGAAAGCAUUAGGUCUGUCGAUUGAAUUCGACGAUUAUCCAAAAGCAAUCCAUACCGUCCAGUUACAACCAAAUUAUUACGUAGUGGUGGAAAAACUACUUUCAUUAGCGUUGACUUGUUUGACAUACGAUUUUCUCGGAACUGGCUCGAGCGUGCAGGACGUUGAUAUAUCUGAUGAACACUUAACUUUGCAAGUUCCGAUCUCCUGGCAUGAUCAUAUAAUCGAUCGAAGUUUUUAUCAAUUAUAUUUUUCGUAUUACUUUCUGUUCUCGAAUACGACACUCGUACCCAUCGCGAUAUCAUGUCUUGUCCAAUUGUCAAGCGUACGACGAUCGUUGUUGAACACCAAUGAACGCCUAAUUGUAUUGAAUUUACUCACUUUGGGUAUUCGUUCCAUUCUCGAACAGCCUGGUGGACUUCUUGCCGAUGAAAAGUCUCUCCAUGAAUUUUGCCGCUUGAUCGCUCGAUUAAAAUCCAAUGCCCAAUUACACGAACUAGUUCGCAUCGACAAUUAUCAACUUUUCAUGGAACGAUUAUUUCGUUUCACCAUCGAUCAUCUCCUAAGUGUUCAUCAUCACCGGCAAUAUCAUUUAUCUCCCAAUACACUUCAUUACAUUCUAUCAUUCUGGUCGAAAAUAGUGGCAUUCCUUUCGCAUAUAUCAAAACUAUCGGAUUCCGAUGAAUCAUCGACCUUACAUUUACUCGACAUUUAUGUUCCGCAGAUCGUUGCCUAUUAUAUUCAAUCACGCUUAGAUGCACUGAAUACAGAUGAUACACUCUAUACGGAAUUAUUUGAUAAUGAUCAAACAAUCUUGCAGCAACAAUUGGAUAUGAUAAGUAUUAUGUCGAGAUUAGAUUAUAAUAAAACAUGUGUUCUCCUUUGCAACUGUUUCGACGACAUCGCUCAACAGUACCAACAAGCCGCAAAUUCCGAAACAGUCGAACGACGAUUUACUUUUUUGAUUUAUGUCCUCGGUUGUGUUCUUGGUGCACGUGGAAUCACCCUAUCAUCCUUAUCGAUGUCAAAUGAUGAUCAAGAUUUAUUCGAUGGUGAACUCGUUGUACGUGUUUUACAAUUGAUGACAUACAUUCAACAAAAAACUUCGCAAGAAAGUAAUCUAAAGCCGAUCAAUACAGCCAUAACAACAACAGCGACAGAUAAAAUUGAUUCCACACCUUAUUCCGAAAGGUUAGAACUAGCUAUCCUCUUCUUUUUCGAUCAAUUUCGUAAACAAUACGUUGGUGAUCAUGGAAGAUCGGAUAAGAUCUAUCAAGUACUUUUCAAACAUCUCGGUAUUGCCGAUGAAGAACAAUUGUUAUGUAUAUUUGUAAAAAAACUCUUCACUAAUCUACAAUAUUCAGUUAUAUCAGAUAAAUUAAUCGAACGAACUGUUGGAUGUUUCAGUGAAUUGACUCAUGGAUAUCAAAGUGUACGUAAAUUAGUGAAACUCGAUCCAAUACAAUAUUUCAUCAAUAAUCACACACAAGAAUUAUUUCCAUUUCUUCAUCCAAUCUUUACAAGCAAACGAUCACAUAAUAGUACAAUUACUGCCAGCAGUUGGUCACGUUUGCGAACGACAUUCUACACCGCUAUUGGCCGAAUGUUGAUGCACGAUUUUCGUUACGAUGACGAUGAUGACGAUCGUGCCGAAGCAUUCAUGAUUCCAUUCACAGCUCAAUAUGCAAAAUUAGUGCAGAUAUUCAAAGAAUUUCCUGAUUUUUCUCUGAUUAAUCCUGGACAAUUUGCUGCAUUGAAUCAAUUCAAUCCGACCUUGGCGCCUCUAGACGAAGUUCAAUCACUUGUCAUCGGUAUUACUCGUGAUUUGCGUGGUCUAUGUAGUUCUCUACUUUCCAAACAAGCUUACAAUUCAUUUUUCGAUUGGCUGUAUCCCGCGUAUUUACCCUUAUUUCUCAAAGCUCUCUAUGUUUUCUGCGAUCGCCUCGAAGUGUACAAUCCACUGUUAAAAUUUUUCCAUGAAUUAUCAGCGAACCGACAAGAUCGUCUAGUAUUCGAUCCGACAAAAGCAAGUGCCUAUCUGUUAUUUCGUGAAACAUCGAACUUACUCUAUAUAUUUCAAACAAAAACACUUAUACAUGUGAAUACAACCGUGCCGGAAACCGAUGCAACUUUAUAUUACAAAUCAAAGCUGAAACCCAUUACAACGUGCUUAAAGAUUAUUCAAACGUGCUUAGUUGGUAACUAUGUGAAUUUUGGUGUAUUUCAACUCUAUUCUGAUCCAUGUUUUGACAAUUGUUUACAAGUAUUCAUAGCGCUAUUGACAUCGGUUAAGAAAACGGAUUUAUUCUCCUAUCCUAAACUCACUAACGCCUAUUUUUCCUUGAUCGAAAGUUUAUCUAUCAUCAAAAUCGAUUUCCUCGCAAAUCUAUCUAUCCCACUAUUUGGUUACGUGUUGGAAACCAUCAGCGAAGGAUUUGUUUCACAUGAGCAAACAAUACAAAACUCUUGCUGUGUGUAUUUGGAUACAUUUUUAUCGUAUGUUUUUCGUUCAGUCAAGAAGAACACGGCAUCGACGAAUCUGAUGGCGAAUGUUCGUGAAUACGAAGGCCUAUUUCGACAGAUACUUGUAAAUUUAAUGAACGGAAUCAUAUACGCUGAAUGCAAAAAUAUUUAUACUAUUUCCAAGCCUCUUCUUGGUCUUAUUCUCUUGAAUGAAAACAAAUUUUUCACUGAAAUCAAACAACAAUUGUUAUACGGACAUACCCAAGCGAAACAAGCGAUUCUAUCAACAGCAUUGGACAAUUUAAUGACUGGUAUUGACCGUACAUUAACCGAAACGAAUAAGGAGAACUUCACUCAAAAUGUGACGCAGUUUCGAAGUGAUAUUCAAGAUUCAAUUACAACAACCAAUGCGGAUUUAGGCGCCACAUCUGUGUUAUCUUCAUCAUCAGUUAAUUCCAAUGUUCCAGUUACAAUAACCAUUUCAAAUUUGAUACCGUCGUCGUCGUCUUCAGCGGCGGCACCUGUUGAAGAGUUGAUGACCCUGUGA